UUUUAAAACAUCAAUAACUUUUUUUUUGUCCAGUGUGUGUUUGUGUGUGUAUUUGUGUUUUUGAUAUUGGUAGUUUGACGAUUUCAAACAAAUAGAAAAACCUUGAUAUUGAUAUUCGAAUUCCAUAUUUAUCCAUUGAAAAAUAUUUUACCACGAUAUUUUCCCUGAUUCAAAGAAUAAAGUCAAAUCCAUAACAUCGAAUAAAAAAAAGUGUAUAUAAAUCAAUCAUUGAUUAAAUUAUUCGCAAGAAUUCAUUUUUUAUUGUGAUUAUCUCACUGUGUGUGUGUGUUUGUGUGUCUACUUUUUCGAAUUCCAUAAUAAUGUCGGAUGAUAAUCCAACAACGCCGACAAAAUCGUCGGAAGAAUCACCAAAUGCUGGUGAAAAUAGCCAAUCAUCAUCAUCACCUUCAUCAUCCAAAUCGAAAGAGAUGAUUAAUAUAAUUGUAAAAACAUCAAAAGAACGGGAACAAUUUCAUUUGGCCAAUGAUGCUAAUGUAAAGGAUUUACGUCAAAUGGUAUCCGAACGUUAUAAAGUUGAACCACAUAAAGUAUGUCUAAUAUUUUCCGGUAAAAUUCUUAAAGAUGGAGAUACAUUAGAAAAUCAUAAAAUGAAAGAUGGUUACAUUGUUCAUUUGGUCAUACGAGAUGUCACAAAAACGUCUACUAGUUCGAGUGGUACAUCAUCCACUUCGAAUACAACAUCAUCGUCAUCAUCGACGACUGGAUCAACUUCACGACCAACAACAGAAUCAACAACAACAAAUCCAGAUGCGGCAGCAUCGAUGGCCUCAAUGUUAAAUAUGUUUUUUGGUGGUACACCCGGAGCAAACAAUAAUAAUGUUGGUGGUGCUGGUACACUACCAUCUGCUAUGGCCAUGGGUACCGGUGCAGCUGGUGGUGGUGCUAACUCAUUCGAUUUGAAUCAACAAAUGAUGCAACAAAUGAAUAAUCCUGAAUUAAUGCGUCAAGUAAUGGAAUCACCAUUUGUACAAAAUCUUUAUUCAAAUCCGGAUAUAUUUCGUUCAAUCAUUGCGGCUAAUCCACAGAUUCAACAAUUGAUUGAACGUAAUCCUGAGCUUAAUCAUGUACUAUCGAAUCCGGAAGUAUUACGGCAAACAUUCGAUAUGAUGCGUAAUCCGGCUGCAUUUCAAGAAAUGAUGCGAUCACAUGAUCGUGCUAUGUCCAAUUUGGAAAGCUUACCUGGUGGUUAUAAUGCCUUACGGCGAAUGUAUACAGAAUUACAGGAGCCAAUGUUGAACGCUGCUCAAGAACAAUUUGGUGUCAAUCCUUUUGCAUCGACCAAUUCGACAUCAGCAUCAAUGUCGUCGUCGUCUUCAUCGUCAUCAUCAUCGACGAAUACGACUAAUACAACACCAAGUAAUACAGAGAAUCGUGAACCAUUGCCUAAUCCAUGGCAACGAUCGAAUCCUUCAUCAACCACGAGACCUGCUACUGGCGUUGGUGGCGGUGGUGGUGGUGUUGGUGGUGGUGGUGGUGGAUCGCCCUUCAAUUUGCUCGCAUCGAAUUCAAUGCAACAGAUGAUGCAACAAAUGAAUGAGAAUCCACUUUUACAAUCAAUAUUGAAUAGCCCAAUGAUGCAGAAUAUGAUGCAGAGCAUGAUGAACAAUCCACAGAUGGCUGAACAACUUCUUCAGAAUAAUCCAUUUAUGCCGGCCGCAACAACAACACCAACAACAGGCGCAAACAAUACAGCAGGAACGGCUACCAAUACAGCCAAUCUUCAGGCUACAUUGAAUAGUGUAUCACAUAAUAUGCAGAAUCCUUUGUUUCAACGAAUAAUAACCGAUCCACAAGCUAUGCAGGCAUUUAUACAAAUUCAACGAGGUUAUGAACAAUUGGAACGAAUUCUUGGAGUACCAGUUUCAAAUAUUACUGAAUUGUUAAUCCCGAACAUUUCAUCAUCAAAUAAUAGUUCUACGACAACAGCAUCAGCAACAACAACAACAACCACAACAGCAUCUGCUAAUCAAAAUCCGUCAUCGACUAAUACAACCGCUGCUGCUGCUGCUACAGCUCCAACAACAACAACAAAUACUGCAACCGCUACCGGAAAUCCAUCAAUUCCCAAUGCUAAUAUGUUGGCACAAAUGAUGCAACAUAUGUUAAAUGUACCGACACCAUCCGCUGAAAAUCGUUAUGAACAACAAUUAUCACAAUUAGAAGCAAUGGGUUUCACUAAUCGUCAGGCAAAUAUACGUGCAUUGAUUGAAACAUUCGGUAAUGUUGAAGCGGCUAUCGAUAGGCUUCUAUCUAGAAUGUAAACUAUGAUUUAUCCAAAUAUCACACACACACACACACACAUACACACAAGUUUCUAAAACACAUUCAGUCAAGCUAAAAAAAAAAUUCAAUAGUGGAAUUGAUUCGUUUUUUUUCGAUUUAAAAAAAAAAUGUUAUGAAAUUAUAUAUGGUACACAAAUAUACUCCAUAAUACACAAAGACACAAUAUACUAGAAUAAUUAUUUUAUUUAAAAAAAUGUUGCUCUUAUCUACUACUACAACAACUACUAUGAAGAUAAAAAAAAAGAAUUUGAUUUUUU